AUGUGUCUGUGUUUGUUGUUGUGCAGAACAGAACAGAGCUGUGUCCAUCUGCAGAAGACUAAACCCUCAGAAAACACUCAGGAGUCAGUGAAGGGGAAACACAGCAGAAUGUCCAGACAACAUUUUCAGAAACCGUCGAAACCUCCGCCUCCUGCUUCGGACCAGGCUCAGUCAGUGCCCUCAGCCCCAAGAACCAGGAGACACACAGACCGCUGCACCCCUGACCCAGCCCCACCCCUCUGCACCCCUGACCCAGCCCCACGCCUCUGCACCCCUGACCCAGCCCCACGCCUCUGCACCCCUGACCCAGCCCCACGCCUCUGCACCCCUGACCCAGCCCCACGCCUCUGCACCCCUGACCCAGCCCCACGCCUCUGCACCCCUGACCCAGCCCCACGCCUCUGCACCCCUGACCCAGCCCCACGCCUCUGCACCCCUGACCCAGCCCCACGCCUCUGCACCCCUGACCCAGCCCCACCCCUCUGCACCCCUGACCCAGCCCCACGCCUCUGCACCCCUGACCCAGCCCCACCCCUCUGCACCCCUGACCCAGCCCCACGCCUCUGCACCCCUGACCCAGCCCCACGCCUCUGCACCCCUGACCCAGCCCCACGCCUUUGCACCCCUGACCCAGCCCCACGCCUCUGCACCCCUGACCCAGCCCCACCCCUCUGCACCCCUGACCCAGCCCCACGCCUCUGCACCCCUGACCCAGCCCCACGCCUUUGCACCCCUGACCCAGCCCCACCCCUCUGCACCCCUGACCCAGCCCCACGCCUUUGCACCCCUGACCCAGCCCCACGGCUCAGACAGAGACCUCAUUUCACAGAUGAUGACAGCGACACUGAUUUGUCUGAAUCAGAGAAAGGCUCGGUGCCCUGUGGUCCUCCUCCACAGCUGAAGCUGCGACCGGAGUUGAUCGUCCCUGAUCAAGCUCCCAGCAGAAAGAAAAACAAAUCUAAAUUCGACUUUCCGGACUUCCUCCCUCCACCUUUCAACUCCUGGAGCCUUCACCAGUUAGCUUACUUCUAUCAUAUGGAAGGCCGCUCCCGGCCGAGAGCCUCAGGUCCAUUAGAGCGAUAUCUGGAAAGGUUAAUACAGUUAGAAUGGAAUCAGAUUAAAACACGAGAUACCAACAGGACAACACACACAGAGCCGCUCUCCUCCAGACAGAGGAGCCCAGGGUCCUCCUCAGCUCGCCUCAGCGCUCCCAAGUGCAUCCUGCAGUGUCAGAGGGCCUUUCCUUUCACGGUGCUCUCUCCGGGGCCCAGUCACUGCUCCUAUGUCGUCUGCACAACCAGGAACUCCUCCUGCAGCUGCCGGCCCUCAAAGUCCAGCCCCCCCCCCGAGCACAGAAGGCCCUCGAGAUCCAGCCCCCCCCCAGAGCACAGAAGGCCCUCGAGGUCCAGCCCCCUCCCAGAGCACAGAAGGUCCUCAGUUUUCUCCAAGAGGAGCCACAGCGAGGGCCGCGCUCUUCUUCACAGACAGAGGUUCCAGAGUCCGGUCCAGAAUCCGGUCCAGAGUCCAGUCCAGGGUCAGGGCCAUCUGCAGCAGAUGCAGGCAGCAGGGAACAUCAGGACCUCUGCACAAACCUACAACCACGACCACCGCCAUCGCUCCAACGCCACGGUCCAGGGACAGACUGAGGUCAGGAGCAGCUCAGGACGGCGCGGCAGGUCUGAGAGCCGAGGAGAGCGCAGAGCGGUUAAACCUGACGCUGUUCAGGCCAUCAUGGAGCAGUUAGCGGCCGCUAAGUCCUGCGCUCUGUACCGACCACACACCAAACAGGUGGCCUUUGUCAUGUGA